GCACACCCCCAAGUGUUUUAUCUUUUAAUUAACCUGUCAUUUCUGUUUCCCUCUGAACCUUUAGUGCUGGCUGGACUCAUCCACUGUACACAAACAGAAAAACCUAAACCUCAACUCACAUCAAGCCUUAAAGGAGCUGCACUGACAGGAAACUCAUUGACUCUGUACUGUACACUGACGCCGCAGUCUGAUGGAUGGAAGUUUUACUGGAUCAAACCCACACAGAGCACUGAGACUGAGACUGAAACACAGUCCUACACCAUCAGAUCAGUUAGAGUCUCUGAUGGAGGUCAGUACAAGUGCAGAGCUGGAAGAGGAAACCCAGUCUACUACACACACUACAGUGAUGCACUCCGGGUAAAUGUUAUUGAGAGUCCUAAAGCUGUGGUGACCAUAAAGCCUGAUAAACAUGUGUUCAGUGGAGAGACUGUGACUCUCAGAUGUGAAAUACAGGGAGGAGGAGACACUGAGUGGAAAUACAGCUGGUAUAAGAAAGAUUACACACUCUACCCAUACCGCAUAACACAGGAGUUCAGCUUCAGCUCAGUUUUAAAUUAUAACAGUGGUGAAUACACCUGCAGAGGGUGGAGAAGCAGUGACUCUCAGAGCUCAGAGAUCAGUGAUGCUGUUCAACUCACUGUAUCAGAUGCAGCAGAGGCAGUAGUGAGUGUGUCUCCACUGCGCUGGCUGACUGAAGGAGACUCAGUGACUCUAAGCUGUGAGGUUAAACACUCCUCUACAGGCUGGACAUUCAGCUGGUACACUGCUGUUCCCUACAGAAAUGGCUUAAUUGAAGUAACAGGCCAUCGUGGCAAUGUCUUGUAUGGUUUAGAGCUUCUCUCAGACAGCAGCAGAGGAUCUGGAGGCUCCUACACUCUCACUAAUGUUACUGUGAAUCACACAAGAGUUUAUAUGUGCAGAGCAGAGAGAAGAGAACCAGUUUUUCACACACGGGACAGCAACCUACAGCCACUGUGGAUCACUGGUGAAUCUCCUCCAGUGUCUCUGAUCAUCAAUCCCAGCAGAACUCAACACUUUACUGCUGACUCUCUCUCACUGAGCUGUGAGGACCAGAGUGACUCUACUGGAUGGACAGUGAGAGGAUACACACACAGUGAGACAGUGUCUGAUUGUUCAUCAGUUUCAGGAUCUACAUGUAACAUCAGCUUCCUCUCUACAUCACACACUGGAGUUUACUGGUGUCAGUCUGAAUCUGGAGGACGCAGUAAUCCUGUCAACAUCACAGUGCACAAUGGUGAUGUGAUCCUGGAGAGUCCUGUCCAUCCUGUAACUGAGGGACAUCCUCUGACUUUACGCUGUUUAUAUCGCAACACAAAAAUAUCAGACUCUGGUGUUGAUUUUUAUAAAGAUGAUUCAGUUCUCCAGUCCCAGACUACAGGAGAGAUGACCAUGAGUACUGUGUCAAUGUCAGAUGAAGGUUUCUACCACUGUAAACACCCAGAGAGAGGAGAGUCACCGAAAAGCUGGGUUUCAGUCAGAGGUGAGAAAUAA